CCCUCCCGCCCCCCCAUCUGACAGUUCCCCGCGCGCCAUGGCGCCCCUGCGCCAAAAUCGCCAAACAGAAGCGGCAGCCGAAGGAGCAAUAAUACCUUAGGGGGCGGGGAAGGGGGCUUUGCUUUGCUUUUAUUUUUAUUUUUUUAAAAAAGAAUUUUUUGGAGGGGUGCAAAAAGGGACUUAGGGGUCGGGAUCUGGAGACCCGCCCCUCCCUACUCCGUUCACACGCCUCCCCAACCUCCCCUUCUACACGCAUCGCGGUCGGCUGAAAAGAAUCCUCGCGAAACGCGGAGAAAGAGAGGCAAGGCGCCGCGCUGCUCCCAGGAAGGACUUGGGGAGCUUAGCGAAGCCGGGCGCUCGGCUUUCCGAGAAGAUAAUGGUUGCAGACCUGAAUGCUUCUGAGCUCGUCACAGUGGUUGGACUAUUGGGACUCUAAGAGACCUUAACUGAGAAGCUACCAUUCCCUUCUUGGGCUCCCCAACUCUUCUCACCUUCCCCACUGUGUAAAAAUCCCAUGGACCGGGGGGUCGCCAUGGAGCCAAGGGAGAAUUCGGGCACUUCCCGGCAAAGGGGAGGAGAGUCGGAUUUCCUGGGCUCCGCCAUUGCUUCUGCUAAGGCCCCUGGUGGCGCCUCCGGUGGUGGUGGGACGGAGGCCAUGCUGCCUCAGCCUGGCUCUGGCAAAGGGAUCCCUGUGACCAGUGACCGGAUGGAGCCGGAGGAGGAAGACGAGCUCUGUUCUGGGAGAGACGUGGAUUCCGCUUCCAACACAGACAGCGAGAAAUGGGUGGCCGGAGACGGCUUGGAGGAGCAGGAGUUUUCCAUCAAGGAGGCGAACUUUACAGAGGGGAGCCUUAAGCUGAAAAUCCAGACGACAAAGAGAGCCAAGAAGCCCCCCAAGAACUUGGAGAACUAUAUAUGCCCUCCCGAGAUCAAAAUCACCAUUAAGCAGUCGGGGGAGCAAAAGCUUUCGAGAGCUGGGAAAAAUAGCAAAUUGGCUAAAGAGGAGGACCGGUCACACUCCAAGAAGAAGGUAAGAGAACCCAUUCCUUCUUCUCUCUCCAUGAUCCUCAUUUUUAUUUUUAUUUUAUUUUGCAUCCGCCGGUGUCCUGAAUGCAACAUUUUGCCCUUCUGUCUUGCUAACUUUAGGGGAUCUCCUUUGUCACACGAAGUCGGCCUUGUUUGGUUCGGGAGUGCACGAGGCAAUCUGUGCACCAAAAGGGUGUUUUCCCCCAAUCUAAAUAUGUGA